UGAUUUGUGAAUCAAAGUAAACUAUUUAUCCUGGAAGUAAGUGGAAGCUGUUUUUUGUCAGAAUUCCAGUUCCACAUCUCCGUGACAAAUUGAGCUCAGUGUCCAGGUUAUUUGUUUGGAGCCUGUUUCCAUAGUGACCAGUGUUGUGCAUUGUUCAGUUAAGUUUAACUGUGCAUGCAUGUGUGCGGUGCGUUGGUGAAAUCACUCAGUCGAUAAAAAUUGGAAAAGGUGGAAAAAAACCUUCAAUGAGCAUUGGUGGAAAAUGGUUUGCUCACACAGUUUUGCCAGAGAGUAAAGGAGAGGAGAGGCGAGACCCUCGGACUUGUAUAAGCACUGGGAUCAUGCUUAGUCAGGUUGAAUCCUCGUUGCCUCAGGCUUUGAGCUUUGAACGCCAUCCUAAAUGGAAAAGUCAACAGGAAUCCAGGGAGUAUCCACUCUCAGACCAUGACAACAAGCAUUCCUUAAAAGAUAACAUUGCUGUCUUCACUUAUGGUGUGGGACUGAGAAAGUGUCCCGACGAACGCAAGCAGCAAAACUCUCACUUCAGCCUCUGCCCCGAUGGAGCUGACAGCGGCACAUCAGAGACUGGAGGGAACGUCUCAGCCUACGAGACAGACUUCACGGUGAAGCCGACUGCUGCUUUUCCAGCGGGCUACAGCCGGUUCACCCGCAACCACAAGCAGAAGGCUGCAGAGGCAGCUUCAGCACGGGCAGGGCAGCACUUCCUGUGGUUUGGACGCCAUGACCUCGAAGAGACCCCGCAGAAGCAGUCAGCCAUCAGUUCCUCAGCAACUUCUUUGUUCAGUCUGGUGCAGUCUGAGGCACUAGAUGGCGUUGCCAAGGAAAUUAGGUGAACGUUGUUGGAUGGUUCAGCUGUUAAAUAAAAACUCAAUUAUUUGCAUAUUAACAAAGAGCAAAUCAGGUGUGACAGGCAUAUGAAUAAUUUAAUGUGUGCAUGUUAAUCAUAAAAACGUCUGUAUUGACUUAAAAGUUAUGUGCUUGUGUGAGAUGGACAGACUACUAUGUAGAGCUUACUGUAAAAGUAUAACAGGUUCAUAAGUGAUGACAUCAGCAACUCUGCGACUUGUGUACCAAAAUUUAAGGCAACUUUCUGAGUUGUUUUCCUGACUGGAGAUGGCAUACAGACGCAUUUUUCCAGUCACGAACACAUUUUUCUGAUUAUUAACACCACACGAGUGCACCAUCAGUCUCGUAAUCAAUCAUGGAUGGGUUUUCCAGUGUCACGUGCAAUGAACCAAUCAGAGUGCCAUUUCCCCAUCCCCUUUAAAAGUCAGUUGUGCUUGCACCUUGACGGAUUGCUGUUGUAAAUGCUAGAUCGUAAUAAAGAAUAUUUCUCAGCAGAGGAAACAGAUUUACCUGAA